ACGAGUUAAAUAGGUAUGCUCAUUUUAUUAUAAGAAACAAAUAAAGAAUACAAUCAUCGAGGUCGGAGUAUAAUCAAUAAUGGCAGAGGUUAAAGUUAUUGAGAUCAUUAAAAGAGAAACCAUAAACCCAUCUUCUUCAACUCCACCUGACCUUAAAAUCCACAAACUUUCUCUAUUGGAUCAGUUCCAACCAGAAAUAUACGGCCAAGUAAUUUAUUUCUACCAAAACACUAAAAACGACAUCAAUAUUAUCACCACCAACGACCAAAAAUCACAUCAACUUAAGAAAUCAUUAACAGAAACCUUAACUCGCUUCCACCCUAUAGCCGGAAGAAUCAAUAACAACACAACCGCCAUUGAUUGUAACGACGAAGGAGCUCUAUACAUCGAAGCUCGAUUCCAUGGCCUUAAUCUCUCAACAUUUCUACAACAAGAACUAUCGGUGGCCCAACUCCAACAUCUCCUGGCCUCGGAAAGCCAAUCGCCGGAGUCGAACUCGUGGCCUCAGCUACUUGUUCAAGCUACUUUCUUUGACUGUGGAGGGUUAGCCCUAGGUAUCUGCUUGUCCCACAAAUCAUGUGACGCAACAAGUAUGGGAAUAUUUAUGAAAAGUUGGGCUGAAAUCUCAAACGAGUCUCCACAAAAAGUGUUCCCGGUGUUCAACGCCGCCUCCUACUUCCCUCCCAUAGAAAUCUCCGACCAGAGACCUGCCUUGGUGUUGAAGAAAGUGGAGUCAGUAGUUAAGAGGUUUGUGUUUGAGAAAAAAAAGCUUGUGAAACUCAAGGCUGAAACAGCUAGCGAAAGCGUGGACCAACCGACUAGGGUUGAGGUAGUCACAGCUUUGAUUUGGAAGUGUUUCAUGGCUGCUUCAACAAGAUCAUCAAACCCUAAUGGUGUUAACAAGUUUGCGUUAACUCAAUCCAUGAACAUACGAAAAAGGGUUGACCCGCCUUUGCCGGAACACUUGGUGGGGAACGUAGUUGGAUGCUUUAUUGCACGGAUGGAAUUAGGGCAUGAUGAUGAUGAUGAUGAUGAGGUCACACUCAAGGGUUUGGUGGCUUUGUUAAGGAAUGGAAUAAGAGAAUAUGCUGAAACUAAAGCAAAAAAGCUUCGAGAAGAUGGGGCGUGUGAGGUGAUAGGUAGGGACAUGAAAGAAACUUUUGAGUUAUUUGGAUGUGAAGAUACUAAGGUGUUGAUUUUCACAAGUUUGUGUAGCUUUGAGCUUUAUAAGAUGGUUGAUUUUGGGUGGGGUAAGCCUAUUUGGGUGACUGUUCCGGCUGCCGAAAGCCAUAGCAAUGUGAUCAUUUUAAUGGACACAAAAGAGGGUGGUGUUGAGGCUACGGUUUCUUUGACCAAAGAGGAUAUGGCUUUGUUUGAGACUGACCCUCAGCUUCUUGCAUUUGCUUAUCCAUCCACUUUGAACUCACAGGUUUGAAAGUUCUAAUAUUUGGUUUCAGUCUCCAUCGGGGCCAAGAAGAUUAAUUAGAAUAAUUUUGUUCUCCAUAAAUAUUUAUAUAUUUAUAUAUAUAUAUAUAAAAAUGUUUAUUGUAAUAUUACCUUCUACUGUGUGCUAUGUAUGGCUAUACUACAGCCAGAUGUAGCUAUAAUGAUUUUCUUUAAUAAAUGAAAUGAUUAUUA